GCCGGUCACAGAGGUCCCCGUUGAGAGCUGGGGUGGGAGAAGGUCCCUUGGGUGGGACAGAGGCUUCCGAGUAGGCACCGUCUGGGACGUGGACGUUUCUCAUUUUAUUCUUCUCCCCAACCCAGACAGAUGCAGAGCUCAGUGCUACGAGUACCCCACCUGCCCGGAGGCUGUGAAAGCUCCUAGAGAGGAGGUUGCCUACGUGACCUGCACCUACAGGGAAACCUGCGUGGAGCAGCCUGACUUCCUGGCCACCAUUGACCUCAACCCCAGAUCUCCCUGUUACUGCCAGGUGAUCCACCGCCUGCCCAUGCCCAACCUCAAAGACGAGCUGCAUUCCUCGGGGUGGAGCGCUGGCUGCGCCUGCUUUGACACUGCCACACCGAGAAGGAACAAGCUGAUUCUUCCCUGUUUGAUUUCCUCCCGCAUUUACGUGGUGGAUGUGGGUUCCCAGUGCCGGGCUCCCAAGCUGUGUAAGAUGAUUGAGCCAGUGGAUGUCUUCUGGAAGUGCAACAAGGGAUACCUCAGCGUAGUGCACAGCCUGCCUAAUGGUGACAUCCUGAUUGCCAACAUGGGAGACCCAGCUGGCAACGGGAAAGGUGGAUUCAUUGUGCUGGAUGGAGAGACCUUUGAGCUGAAGGGGAACUGGGAGAAUGAGUGUGAAGCCCCCCCGACUGGAUACGACUUCUGGUACCAGCCGCGCCACAACGUUCUCAUCAGCUCUGCCGGACUGGUCCCGAAACGCGCGGGACGCGGGUUUAAUCCUGACGACUUGAAGAAAGGGGUCUUUGGGCGCCGCCUGAACGUGUGGAACUUGUCCUGCCACACCCUCACCCAGUGCUUCGACCUGGGGGAGGACUCUCUGCCCCUGAGCGUGAAGUUCCUCCACAACCCCGAUGCUGCCGAGGGAUACGUCAGCUGUGCCCUGAGCGGCAUUGUCUACCGCUUCUACAAGUGCGAGAGAGACAAAUGGGCCGUAGAGGAGGUGAUUCGGAUACCGGCCAAGGACGUGACAGGAUGGAUUAUGCCCAAGAUGCCAGCCUUCACGGUGGACCUCGUCAUCUCGACGGAUGACAAGUACCUGUACCUCAGCAACUGGCUGCACGGAGACAUCCGCCAGUAUGAGCUCUCCAAGACCUGCAAGCCCAGGCUGGUGGGGCAGGUGUUUGUGGGAGGCAGCAUCCUCAGAGGGGGACCCGUCACCGUGUGCAGAGACGAAGAGCUGAAGUGCCAGCCGGACCCCUUGGUGGUCAAGUGCAAGAGAGUGUACGGCGGCCCCAGUAAAAUGCAGCUCAGCGUGGACGGCAAGAGGCUGUACGUCACCAACUCCUUCUACAGCACGUGGGACAAGCAGUUCUACCCGAACUUGGUCAGGGAAGGCUCCGUCAUGCUGCAGAUUGAUGUGGACACUGAGAAGGGCGGCCUGUGCGUGAACAAGAACUUCCUGGUGGAUUUUGGGAAGGAACUCAACGGGCCUUGCCUUGCCCAUGACAUCCGCUUCGCUUCCGGAGACUCCACCUCCGAUAUCUUGGCCUAGGCGCCCUGCGACAGGCUCCCUCCUCCUCUCUCUUCUGUGGUGCAGCCGUCAGGGAGCAGCGUAGGAUCGUUGGGUUCGGGGGUCCCCACGCCUUGCUGGAGUCUGGGUUUCUGCUGACAGGAGCUGCGGGAGCUCCGCGUCACCGCGCGGGGCUGGGUCAGGCAGAGCAGUGCACGGAGGCACAGGGCACGUGGUCAGCGCUGUUCCCAGUGCCGAGCGGUCCCCGGGCCCGAGGCGCGGAGCAGAGCCGGGGCAGCUGCUGCGGUACGGAGCUGUGCAGCGUGCGGUGCCUCAGAAGGAGGGGAAGCACCCACUUUGUCGGCGUUACUGUUCUUCAGCCAGGUCGUUCCUGGACACUCUUCCCGCGGCACGAGAGCCUCCUGGCUGGCUUCUCAGUGCUGGGGCCACUCCGCGUCAUCCCUCCAGGGCUGUCACGCGCUUGGGUUUGGAAAGAAGUGCCUGCUUCCUGACACCGGUUUGCUCCUGUCUUCUGCUUUAAACAUGAAUAAAAUUGUCCUUCGCAUCA